CGGGCCUCCCCAUGGUGCCUUCGUCACGCCACGCCAUUCUCCACCGCUGACCUUAUGACGCAACGAGAAGACAUAACAGUAUGAAUAAAUGCAGACCUUUUAAGUGGUUAUCAGCACUACCUGCGAGUCACGGGGUUGCAAUGACAUGUUUAAAGUGAAGUCUACUGUUAUCUGAUAACUUGUUGUACUUAAGACCAAGAAGUAAUCUGGACCAAUUUAAGCGCCACAAAUGUGUAUGUGUAACUGUGGGCGCACUCAACACAGCGACACAUCGUGUUAGAGUUGUUAAAUCUUGUUAUUAGGCCAUUAUGGUAUUCGCUAAAGGGUUGAUGGAUGAAUUCGUUCAAUUUCAAGAAGAAACCUGAUUGAAUAAACCUUUCCCGUUGCUAUAUCCAGAUGUCAAUGUAGACACUGAAAGCCGUUACAAAGAAGAGAAUUUCCCUUAGCCCUGGGAGGGCGGAAACCAGUCAAGUACUGUUGAUAAACUAAGACAAGUACAAUACGACAAUGACGGUCAAUGUGCCCUGCCUGGUAGCCGUGAUACUCAUGUACCUGUUGGUCCUGGUCAUCGGAGUGGUCACUGCCAAGAAGACUCACAAAAGUCAGAAUAGUGAGGAAGUGAUGAUAGCCAACAGAAGUUUAGGGUUUGGUGUGGCCUUUUUCACACUCACAGCUACCAUGGUAUGUGGUGGUUUCAUAAACGGCACUGCUGAGUUUGCUGCAUGGCAUGGGCUUCUACAGACACAGGCGCCCAUCGGAUACUGUAUAGGAUUCUUCUUAAGUGGAAUCUUCUUUGCUCCCAAACUGAGGAGAGAGAAAUACAUCACGAUGUUUGACCCCUUUCAGUUUAAAUAUGGCCGUAAGAUGGGCUCCCUGCUCAUCUUCCCACAUUUGUUUGGGGAUGUCUUCUGGUCUGCCACAGUGCUAGCUUCGUUGGGUGCUACUGUGUCUAUCAUUGUUGAUUUAGACCCUACCUUAUCAAUCAUCGUCUCCGCCCUUGUCGCUGUGAUCUAUACGUUCUUAGGCGGGCUGUACGCAGUGGCAUAUACUGAUGUUAUUCAACUGAUUCUAGUGGCUAUAGGAUUGGUAGUAGCUUGCCCGUUUGCCAUGACUGACCAGCACGUAAACCUGGACAACAUCACCAGUACAUGGGUUGGGGAGGUCAAGUCAGGUACUGAAUGGUUGUACCUGGACACAUACUGUCUUCUUAUUCUGGGUGGAACAACUGUCCAGCCCUUCUACCAGAGGAUAUUGGCCUGUAAAAGUGCAAGAGUUGCAGUUAUCUCCACUUGUAUGGCUUCGCUUUUCAGUUUUCUGCUGUCCAUUCCAGCAUUUAUAAUAGGAGUCGCUGGAUCCGCCGCUGAUUGGAACAGCACUGACUACACAGGACCACUACCUAUCCCAGAAGAACGCAGAAGUCACAUUCUUCCCAUGACGCUCAGCUACUUGGUCCCACUUCCUGUUUCUAUUAUUGGCCUUGGCGCCAUUUCUGCCGCGUCGAUGUCGUCUGCUGAUUCCUGUUUUCUGUCCACAGCUACAGUGAUUACGAAAAAUAUUUAUAAGGAUAUCUUCAGGAAUAACGCCAGUGACAGAGAAUUGAUGUGGAUUUUAAGGAUCUUUAUUGUUAUAUCCGGCACUGCCGGCACAGUAAUAGCCAUUUAUGCCACAUCUAUAUACGGGCUGUUCGUUCUCUGCAGUGAUUUGCUGUAUGUAAUUCUUUUCCCACAAAUGAUUGGAGUCCUGUGGAUUAGAUUGACGAACACGUAUGGCAUGGUUUCCGGUUUUGUUGUUGCGCUAAUUAUACGCAUCUUAAGCGGUGACCCUACUUUGAAUAUCCCGGCUGUGAUUAAAUAUCCCCUGUAUGAGGAAGAAACCGGAACACAGCUGUUUCCUUUCAGAACUUUCUGCAUGGCCUGCGGCUUUGUAGUCUUGAUCGCCGCCUCUGCUUUGACUAACUUCCUCUUCAGCAACGAUUACUUGUCCAUUAAAUACGACAUCUUCAACUGCCGUCGUCAGAGGUCUCACCAGAACCGCAACUGGUCUAAAGAUCCGCCAAGUCUGGGUGCAGAGGACGCCCUUCUAAAACUUCAGGACAUGAAAAGCAACGGAAGUGGGAAAUAACCGCUUUUAGACAAGUCAUUGUUUUGAGGGAGACAGAAUAGGUACAGUUUAGAGCUGUGGACCACAUUUUGACAGUGACAGUUUUAAGCAACUGGCCGGUGAACACAGAAAACUGCAUGUAAAACUGCAUGUAAAACUGCAAGUAGAGAUUCGAUUUAAAUAAGUCUGUAUAACUGAAAGACGCAUGGAACAAAUGAGUGAUAUAUCUAAGAGACUAAUUAUUUGUGUGUAAUUCUUUUCUUGUUAUAAUCUCCAUAAAGAUAGAGUCUUACAUUAAGGCAGCAACUACAUUGACUGUUUUUGUAAAUAGGGUAUCAAAAUGGAGUGUAUGGUCUAGAAACAGUAACAAAGACAACUUGAAAUAGCGUAAUUUAUCUCAAAGAGUUGUUUUAAAACAGCACAAAUUUUUUGUUUAACCUUGUUUAUAAUCCUACCUCAGUCUUAUAUCUAAAUAAAACCCAAUGUAUCCCACAUUAAUGCAUAAAAAGAGAGCCGUUACAAAAGUGUUACGGCAAAGAUAACACUAUGGUAUUGUAAUCUAGUUAUCCUAAAAUUGCUGGAACAUACUGAUAGGGAAGAAUGUUUUAACUUUUCAAUUAGUUUUUUACAAUUGUAAGUUAAGACUCCUAUUGAUUUGAAAUCGAUUGUUAGAAGAACUAUUCAUUCUUAUAGUAAGAAACAUUCAGGAAACUGCCAUAAGUUUUUACGAACUAAAUGAUCAUACAUCAACUAGAAACUAUCCAUUAUUCUGUAAACUGUGAAAAUGAGAGAUACUUUCUAACGGCAUUUUAGAGUAAAUUUAAUCAACAUGCCAAGAUGCAGGGUUCUUGUCGACAGGGGAAGUAAACACCUUAAUAAAUACAGAAAUAGUUUUGUUUAUUCUAUUUCCGUUAUUACCUCCCUUACACUGCUUCCCUCUUUAAACCUGGAUCAAUACAGACCUUCUUUGAUUUCUUUUCGCUUUUCAUUAAUUAAAUUAUUAAUUAGUCUUGCUUACAAGGAUUUGGAAUAAUUGAUUUGGUCUUUCGACCCGAUGGUCCCAAGUACAAAUCUCUCGCGCUUCCCUCCCCUAUCGUCCUGCAGGAGGACUGUGACAGACGUAAUAGUCUUUCCUUCUGAAGGGACUUUAAAAAUGGGAAAACAAAACGACACAAGGGAGGGGCGCAAAAAGUGUGUUUUUUUUCCCAAGAGACAGAAAAAAAUCUUGUAUUUACAUUGUUGUUUACACAUCAAAUAUACAUGACAUUAUUCAAAUUGUUGUCAAUAUAAUAGCUAGGACUUAGGACACAAGGUGUCAUGUCUUCUUUUAAAUCUCUGCCUUUUCCCUAGUUGCAUCUGUAACAAGAUGGACUAAAAACUUGAUUGUCUUUUUUUUUUAAUAUAAAAGCACACCAAAAUAUGGGGCGAGGUGGCUGAGUGGUUAAGCGACUUGCUUCCAAACCUAGGGUCCUGGGUUCGAAUCUCGAUGAAGACUGGGAUUUUAAAUUUUGGGAUUUUAGUACACCACUGGUCCACCCAGCUCUAAUAGGUACCUGACUUAAGUUGGUGAAAGGCAGCCUGCUCGUUAACCGUUAGCCAAAGAAACAGAUGACCUUAACAUCAUCUUCCCCAUAGAUCGCAAGGUCUGAAAGGGGAACUUUACUUAACCUUUUUAACGCAAUAUAUCUCCGACUCCGCAAUGAUUUCGGACUUUCUCAAGCCAUAGCUGUUAACUUUCUUUUGACGACUUUCACAAAAAAAUACUAACGUCAUGUUUAACAUGAUUACACAACAAUCACGUUCAAUAUAGACGCCCCUGAGCUUUAUGCAUAUCGAAAUGUUCGAACCUCAGUAUCAACCCGUAUCGUCAUCUGUGUGUUACUUGAUUUGACUUGCGGUAGUACGAGGGUCACGAAUGUUAAUGCUUUUGUCUUGUGUGGCACCACCAGAAAAUUGUUGAGAAACACUGUAGCUAUUGAAGGGUCUUCAGUUCGAGGACUUUUUUUUUAGUUAUGUCUUAAGAAUAGCUAUAUAAGCCUUUCCUUUAGAUAUUUGAGAUUUAUUUAACAAGUCUUCUACGUAUUAUUACAUACUUAUGGCAGUGAGAGUUUGUGCUGCUAUAAAUGAUAGUUUCUAAUAACAAAAUAACUUAUUAUGACUGUUAUUCUUGCUGUAUAAGCCGUGGAGUUUAUUUAAACUUAUUGCUAUAUCACUGUUUCAUUUGUGUUUUUGUUUUUGUUAUAAAUUGUAUUUUUAUAUAUUUAAGUAUGAGACAUGUUUACGGUGACUAUUGCAGUAGAAAUUCUUUUCGAAAAUCAAGGUCAUUGAUAAAAUUUACAUAGUUUAUGGCAUUACAAGAUCCUCAGGGCUCGCUAAGUACCUUCGUUCAGGAAACAGUACCAGGCAAAAAAAGAAGAGGCAGACAGAAAAUGUGAUGGGAAGAGACCAAUGACGAAUGGACAGGCCUUACAUUAACAUAGACUCCAUUCAAGGCAAAAGACAGAAAUGGAAAAAGGCGGUUGAAAGAUUAUAGGUGGUGCUCCAAAGGUUCAACAAAAUAAAGUGUAGAUCAAGGUGAAGUGAAGAGUAACCGUUAACAAGCUAUAAACUUUCCUUCAAAUUUCUUUAAUUUGUAACAGAUCAUCUCCCAUCACAACCUGUCCACUGUGUUGUCGAUCUUGAGGCCGAGGCAUUUGAUCACGUGACCUGAUGUUGUCCACGUUAAUUUAAGAGUGCCAUGUUUAGACAUUGAAAAAGGCCCUAAGCUAUAAGAGAUAUGGGGCCCUUUUAAAGUCCAGAUAUUAUACGCCAAUCGCUAAAUAUUUCUUGAGGGCCCUAAGCUAUAGCGUAAUCUGGACCUUCUUUUUCAUAAUUUCUUAACUAAAGGGAAAACUAAACUAAAAGCGUCUGUGUAACAUUACAGUAUUUCAUUUGCUUAAACAAUUAUAUCUAACACUUUUAACGAUAUAAUUUAACUAAUUUUUUGUUUACUUUUUUCAAGUUAUAAAACAAAACAAAAGCAUUUAUGUUUUGCAUUAAAAUUUAGUUAGAAAGCGUCAUCCUUAUUAUUGUAUCCUAAUGUCCAAAUGUUUGGACAUGAUUUGUUUGCACUACUUGUGUUUAUCAUAAGUUUUUUUUACCUAAUAUUCUAUAUCUAAUAAAGAUCUCUUUGACAAAUCGG